AUGGGGCAGAUUGCUACAAAAGAGCAGAAAUUACAUACUGAGACUCUGCAGGUGCUUCCUGAUGACCAGGGGUUCAGACUCCAGACCUCACAGUUAGUCACACUGCUUUUAUGGGUCCGGAAUAAUUGCCCCUGGUUCCCUGCUACAGGAUAUGUUCUGGAAGAACUAAUAGUGACAUGGAGCCUAGUUUAUGUAGCAAUAAGAUCUUUAGGCCCAGCAGGGGACAUCUUGCAAACUGCUGCGGCUGCCCCUCCAUGUCCUACGACUGACAGAUCAGUCGUAUCUCAAGAUGAUUCCUCUCUUAAACUGUCACAGGAGGAGACAGAACAUGAUGAGGUGCUCGACCCUCAAGGGGCCCCACCUGAGGAUGACCUGUUGCUUAACGAUCCUUCUGAUAUGGGGUCCGUAGAUCCAGAACAGGACUUUGAUUUAGAUCCACCUUUAACUCCUGUGAAUGCCAUACCCAAUGCAACACCUACUGUUAGAGAAAUUCUGCAGUGUCAGCACAGGGGGAAAUUCUGCAGCAUCAGCAUGGGAGAAGGAACACCUCCGCUGGCACCGACUGCACCCCCAUUCACCCCUUCUCCAUAUCGGUCAGACUGGCAAGUAAAGGAGAAAGUUCAGUGUCUGCCUCUGCUGACAUCUACGGGACUAUUAGAUAAAUGCCGUGUGGAAGCGCUAAAGAAAGGAGAUGUGGAGCUCCUGCAAGCAAUGCCAGUGAUCUGUAGGCCUGAUGCACCUCCGCAGUUUGAGCAUUUGCCAUAUGAACUCAUUAAAGAGGUGCACAAAUCCAUUAAGGACUAUGGACUUCACACGUCAUUCACUAUGAUUUUAUUUCAGGCCAUUGGGGAUUCAUAUACUAUGACCCCUGCUGACUGGAAAUCCAUAUUGCGAUUGGUGUUAUCUGCUACCCAGUAUUCCGUACGGUUAACUCAAUUAACAGAGCUCGUGAAUCUACAGGCUCUGGAUAAUAUGACCGCCGGAAUUAAUGUGGGUCAGAAUGAGCUUUUGGGGGAAGGUCCAUAUGCUACGAGUCAGGCACAGGCAGGAUUACACCAGGUAGUUUUCCAAAAACUAACUGAAUUGGCUAUGAAAGAAUUAAGACGUGUCCCUGAUCUUGGGACAGGGGAGGCUUCCUUUGCUUCUAUUUGGCAGGAAGCUCAUGAACCUUAUAUGCGUUUCCUUGAUCCGCUGCAAACGGCAGUUCAGAGACAAGUAGAAAAUCCGGCUGCUGCAGAUGUACUGCUAUUCCAGCUAGCGAUUGAAAAUGCUACUGCAGACUGCCAGCAAGCUAUUGAUCCUAUUAAAAAUCAGGCAAAAACAAUUGCAGAUUUAAUAAAGGCGUGUCAGAAUGUGGGCUCAGAACACUGUAAGGCAGAAAUAUUGGCAGCUGCUUUGGCACAACAGAUGGUUAUGGCCCGAGCAGCUGUUAAAUGUUUCUCCUGCAGACAAGAAGGGCAUAUCAAAAAGAUUGUCCUAAAAAUAGAAAUCAAAGCAAAAAGGGAGUUCCGACUCAACUCUGCCCACGUUGUUAUAAGGGAUAUCACUGGGUAA